UGUAUCCAGUUUUUUUUACACUACAGCAGAAAGGUUUCUCAUCUCAUUGAUGACCUUUGUGGUCCGUUUUUCUGAAUAAAAUAAAAGUGAACAUUAAUAAUUUAAAUGUAUACAUUAAAAUGUAAAUGUAAUAUUGUUAUAAACCUGACUAGUGACAAUACAUAUAAGAAAGGAAUAAAGGCGUACUUUAUGCAUGCUAUUGAACAUAUUAAUUUGUGAUAGUGUUUAAAUAGUGUUCUAUUACGGCAAACGGAAUAAAAAGUUACAGGUUUUGCAUAAACUCUGAUUACUCUAAAUCGAAAGACUUAAGCGACAAACUUGCAAUUUAUCGGUGGUCGUUGGGAUGUACAUAUGUUUAAAGACGUGGCAGUGUCACCAGUGCAACAAUACAACUCUUGUAUAUGUAUACACUUUGAAAGAUAUGCGGUUUUACUUCAUCUAAAAAACAAACCAUUCUUUGUUCAACAUUAUAUUGAAUAAUUGUUAAAAUGGUUUACCCUGAAGAACCAUUUUGGGUUUUACCGACGGUAACUGGAUUUUACGAAGAUCGAGAUUAUAGAGUGAAUGUCGUUGAAGCCCUUCAAGAGUUUUGGCAAAUGAAACAAUCCCGCGGAGCCGAAAUGAAAAACGGGGCUCUUGUGAUUUACGAAUCGAUUCCAGCUAAUAGCCAGCCAUAUAUUUGUUUCGUAACUCUGCCUGGAGGAAGCUGCUUCGGAAGUUUUCAAAACUGUCCAACAAAAGCAGAGGCCCGUCGCAGUUCGGCUAAGAUUGCCUUGAUGAACUCUGUGUUCAAUGAACAUCCUUCGCGUCGAAUAAGCGACGAAUUUAUUCAAAAGGCGGUUCAGGAUGCUCGAACUUCUUUUAAGGGCACAUCGCAGAUCAACGAGGGCACAGAGUCUGGAAUAGGAGCAUUCAGAUUCAUGCUGGAGGCAAAUAAGGGAAGGACUAUGCUAGAGUUCCAAGAGCUCAUGACGGUUUUUCAACUUCUUCACUGGAAUGGAUCGCUGAAGGCAAUGCGCGAACGCCACUGCUCCAGGCAAGAAGUCGUGGCUCAUUAUUCAAACCGGAGCUUGGACGACGAGAUGCGGUCGCAAAUGGCCUUGGACUGGAUUGCCAGGGAACACGAUAAUCCCGGCGUUAUCCGCAGAGAAUUAGUGCUUGCCGAGAGAGAGCUGGAGACUUUUCGCAUGGCUGGGCGCGAACUACGUUUUCCUAAAGAGAAGAAGGACAUACUUAUGAUAGCUCAUAAUCAACUGGGCGGAAGUGCCCUAAACUCUGCUUCCAUUGACGAUUGAUAAAUGAAUCUAAUAAGCAUCUUGCACGAUCGAAAUUACCCACUUUUUUAGAUAAAUCAAACAAUUUCAAUUUAUUUAAUUGGCAUACCAUAUGAUCUCCAUGAUGAAAAACAAGCGGAAAAAUUAUAACACUUUCCAUAGAAACUUCCAAAUUAAAAAUUAAUUUUAAAAAUCUUUGAAAUGUGAUUUUUAAAACAGCUGCUACAAAAAUAAGACUAAUCCCAACAAAAUAAAUAUAAUAUUUUAACUUAA